AUGGCUACUAAGACCUGCGUUAGCACGAGCCACGAGUGCCACGUGUCAGUGCCAGAUAGCGUUCUCCGUUGUAACAACGUCAUACCACGGGACCCAGCAGGCGUCACGACAGUGGAAAUAUGCUUCGAACUUCAAGCGGACAAUGAUCGGUUUGCUGUGUUCCUUGGCCACAACAGCGAGGAUUACAACUUCGUGCACGAGAACGUAGACACGCCCCAGAAUCUCCACUUUCAGACCAUCGUGGGAACAGACCGACGCCUCGUGUGCACGGGUGACACGAACUUCCGGUUGGGCAUGGACAUACACGGAGAGGCUGUCCGCCUGAUCCAACAGUCGUACGUGGUUGUUCUGAUAGUGACGGACUCGUUCUGUACAAGCCGCUUCUGUCAGACUGAGCUUAAGUUUGCUUUGAACGAGAACAAGCUGGUGGUCGUGAUGUUGAAUGGACGAGUCAAUUAGAUCAUAAUGCCGCUCACAUUGAGAGACCUCUUCCGUAACUAAACCAGAGUCGUGUGUAUUUAAGUGGAUGGACAAUACAAACGGAAAACCACGUUGAAAAAUUUGUGCUCCAUGCUGGAAACGUAUUAAAACAAUAUGUUUCGUUGAUGAAGUUUCACGUGAAUCAUUCUGACAUGAUUUAUAUUGUAAAACAUUGACUGAAAUGUGAGAGUACUUUAUAGUUCAAUCAUAUACAUAUCCGUGUGAUUUGAUGUACGUAUUUCUAUUGUCCCCGAAAAUCACAACACGUACUUAUAUCUGUUAAACACUCAAAUGCUUGUUCUAUUCUUUGUUUUGCCUUCCUAUCGCGAUUGAAAUCGCCAAAGCAUUGAAUAAUAAUGUUGUUGCUGUUGUUGUUGCUGCUGCUGCUGUUGUUGUUGUUUAUGUUGAUGUUGUUGUUGUUGUUGGCAUGGCCGGUAUGAACACUAUUUUAAUAUAUGGCUUCUUCUAGCUACUUCUACAUCAAUAUUUCUUCAAACGAGCGUUUUGUUUUUUAAAUUUGCAGGAUUGAUAUAAAGUUAAUCUUAUGAGAUGCUUAAGCGACAUCUAACAAUAAACCUACGUUAACACUUCACAAUUUCUAUAAUGAGUCAAUUUUCAAUUUCUAAUAUAUAUAAAAUAUAGUAUAUAGGAACUACAUAGUAUAUAGAAAAAUAACAAGCCGGUGUAAUAUGACAGUUUCGUAAUCAGCGAUCAUACCAACGAACGGCCUUUACACUGAAAUCAUCCAUGAAACUAUCCUUUAUCUAUUACGCUGAGAGCACAGCUUUUUCAUUAUCAAACAUUUCAAAAUUUCAUUGUGUGAAUAUUUUAUUUAUUCAGGAAGUAUAGAAUUUAAUGUUGAAUAUUCGGUGUUUAAUAGGUGGCAUACUUGAUCAUGUAAACAGAUACAACCAAAAUAAAAUUUGCUUUAUGAAACAUUUCGAAUGCGGAAGUGUUUGAUACAAUAUGGAAACUGUGACUAAAAUAGAGAGUAAACAUUGCAACAAUUGAUUAAAGAAUAUACAUACGUUCAGCCUAAGUGGAUCUGC